AUGAUUAAGUAUUGGGUUUUUUACCUUUUGAUGCCACUUAUUCUCUCUCAGCUUCUUAUAGGAGUAUUCUAUAGCAACUUUACAAGCAUGAGCCUUCUUGAAGCUGUAUCAAAUUCUCUUGAGCAAUACUUCACAAGAGGAGAAAUAAACUUAAAAAAAUAUUACGUUUCUUCUUGUACAGAUUUAUCAGGUUUAGGAGAAGAAACUCAUGUAAUUUUUGACUUGACCUCAAGCAUUUAUUUUGAAGGAUGCAUCAAGGAAUUUAGCUCCGAAACUCAAUCGAUUGUAAUUAGUAUCGAAAACCCAAAAAAUUUUUAUUCAGAUUGGCAAUUUUUUACCCACAUAGCAGCGAGAUUGGGUACAGUACUUUUAUUCAGGAUAUUUAUUCGAUACUAUCUUUUUAAAAAUUUCCCUUACUUAUAAAUUAUAGCAAAAAUACUUUUCAAUUUAAUAAUAAAAUUUUUAAAAAACUAAAAAUUAUAAUAUUAUCAAUUUUAAUUAUUUUAUAAAGAAUAAUUCAAAAAAUUAUCCAUUCAGUAUGGAAUCUAUUUAAAUAAUAUUCUACUUGAACUUUUCUGUUAAAUUAGGUCAAAAAUAAUUUAUAAAAAUUAGUUAAAAUUUUUCUAUUUAAAAUUUUUUGUUCGAAUUUAAAGGCUGGUUAAAGUAUCCAAGAGAUAAAAAUUUUAACUAUGCUUUUUUCAAUAUAAAGAGGGAGGAUCAAUAAAGUUUUGGGCUAUAUGCCAUUUUGAUCGAGAAUUUUAUAGUAGCAUUUCUGUAAACCUAAUCAAAUUUUAUCCCUUGAAACAAUUGCUCGAAAAAAAAAUCCAAAUAAAACUUUUCAAGUAGCAAAAAAGUCUCGAGGAAAAAACUAUGCAUCCAAAUUUUGAUAGAAAAAUAAACAAUUUAGAGGUAAUUUUGACAAGAGAAAGACCAAAUGUUUUCGAGAAAAAUGUCUUCUGGAAAAAAAUUAUCAAAAGAUGUACGAUGUCUAGAUCGACUGCAUGCAAUUUGAUCGGAGUGUUUCAAUAUUGAGGAAUUUCCUCACUCCUCCCUCCGUGAGCGAACAAAACCAUUGGAAAAAUCCCCAAAAAACCUCCGUGAGAUAACAAAAAAUUUUUCAUGAAAAAAAAAUUGAUAUAUAAAUGAUAUCGUUAUUUGCCUGUUUUUGAACUUUACCACCUAAGUGUGGAAUUUUUUCCGUGUGUGAAAAGAGGAUUCCACAUGUGAAAUCAAAAGGGGCUUCACAUGUGGAAUUCUCUUUUCGCACACGGAAAAAAUUCCACACUUAGGUGGUAAAGUUCAAAAACAGGCAAAUAACGAUAAUUAAUAUUAUGAAAUCUCGAGCUAAUUCUGUUUUAAUUUUAAAAAAAUUGCGUUUUUUAAAACACAAAUUUUAUAAAUUAAAUUAAUAUUUGCUUCCCAAUUUUUGUAAAUUAGGAUUUUUUAAAAUUUGUUUCUAUAAAAUUUAUAUUUAAAAAAACAAAAUUUUCCCCCUCCGUGAUCGAACAAAUUUUUUUCACUCUCACGGGGGUUGAGGAGUCAGGGAAUUCAGUUGGAUCUUUUUAGAUAAUGAGGCAUUUUCUCUGAAAAAAAAAAAGUUAUUUCGAUCAAAUGUUUACUAGAAAAAAUUUGAGCAACAUCUAUUAGGAAAUUUUAAGUAUUAAAACAUCUGAUAGAAAUGUAGACUAGCGAGAUCACAUAUUGAUGCAAUGCUCACUUUGUCUGAUUAUUUAAAUUGAGAUAAAUUCAUAUAGGAAUUGCCCGAGGAUGGCGCUAUCUUGCGCCAUCCUCGGGCAAUUGAAAAAAUGGCCCCACACCGGGAAUUGAACCCACGUGUGGGGCCAUUUUUGGUGCGUGGAAGUCGAUGUUCUACACACACCAAAAAUGGCCCCACAGGUGGGUUCAAUUCCCGGUGUGGGGCCAUUUUUGAAUUGCCCUAGGAUGGCUCAAGAUAGCGCCAUCCUCGGGCAAUUAGUAUAGUUAUUUCUGAUGAAAUUCAAAAUCAGUUCGCAUCUAGAUUUCGAAAUAAAAACAUUCUAUUCCAUAGUAUUGCAGAUACAGCAAGCCAAGUGUCAUCUGACAACUUUAUAGCAAAAGAAAUAAAGAUAACUGGAGUAAGAAAUAUUGUAAUUUUAAAUACUGGUGAAACCACUGAAAAAUUAGUGAAAAGUUUAAAAAAUAAAAACCUUUUUGUGGCUGGGAGCGGAAUUAUUUUAGGCAGCAAAAGUUUAUGGGGAAUUAGGGAAGAUGGUAUUUUAGCUUUUAUUGAAGAUGGAUUGGAGAGUUCCUUUGACUCUAAUAGCUAUGAAGUUUUGGGUUGUAUAAAAUUUGUUAAUUUUAUUUUGGGAUUUGGUGAUGUCUCUAGCAGGCUCGAAUUAAGGCGAUUUUUGGAAGAAAAUACAAUUUUAUUCAGGUGCUUAAAGUUUCUAGUAUCACUCUCAAAAAGAGAGAUCAGCCUAAAACUAGUGACGUCAUAGACUAUUCUAUCACUAAAAAUGGCGAAAUAUAUGGUAGACUUUUCAAAAAAAACUACCAGCUCGUCUGCAAAUCUCACAUGAAGCCUUGCUCUCUUGUUUUAUAAGCUUGUACGUGAUUUUUGCCUAGAAAAUACCUUCCUCUGGUAUACUGAGUGAUAAAUUCUAAACCUUUCAUAAUACCCAAGAAACUGUACGCCUCUCCUCAUUAUUGAGUGUUGAUAUAUUUGGAUAAGAAUUCUCUGGGGGAAAAACGAACUUCAAAAUAAUAAAAGAAGCUUGGAGAGGAAAUGUUGCCAUUUUAUUACUAUAGGAAGAAAAUACUGUCAAUCAUCAUCCUAUUCCCAAAUUUUCAUUAGUGAAUAUUCAAAAGGGUCAGCCAGUAAAAGUUGGAGAAAUUUAUAAAAAGAGCUUAAAAUUGGAUUUGCCAAUUAUUUUUCCUGGAAAUUCUUCAUUAAUUCCUAAUUCAAUCAUUACAAAUAUCCGCAUUUCAAUGGCUGAUGGAGUCACAAAUCCAGGUUUUCAAAGUAGUCCUUAUUCUCAUAUCAUUAAAUGGGGUGCGAAUUAUGCAUUAUCCUAUAUUAAUCAAACACAUUUUUUAGACGGCUUCGAGUUUCAAGUAACUCAUACAGACUGUGGGGCUGAAGUUUAUAGCAAAACAUAUUCUCUGAAUUGCUUCAAGCAGUUGAAAGACAAUCUUGGAAUUGCACUUUUAACAUCAUAUAAUGCUAACGCUUGCAUUGGAAAUAUUAUUUCCUUACGAAGCCUAAAUAUUUCAAUUCCGCACAUUUCAGAUCUGACGCCAGGCGCUCAUAAUAAUAUAAUGUUAGAUGAGAUUUAAAAUUUACUCUGCGAAUUUUCUCUCUCCAUUUUAUUAUAGGCUAGGUUUUUACGCAUGGACCCUCUAUCUUAUAGGAAAGAAGUGAGAAGGUUUUCUUACUUUGCAUCAUACAGGCAUCUAAAGUCAGAACCCUUAGAUCGAAAUAGGUGCUGGAGAAAAAUAGGAUUGAGCGAGGCAACUUGUCAAGCCUCUGGUGGUUCCGAACUCGUAGGCUCUCAGAUUAAUUCGAGGAGGCUUGAAGAAAUGAUACUGUCAGGCCUUUCAAAAAUCAGAGGUGGCAACUAAAUCGAGGAAAAAUGGAACUCAUUAUUCUGCAAAUUAGAGUUUGAGUUAAAUUAAUUAAUCUAAGUCUAAGUUUAAUACCCCAGGCGCCCCAUUAGCUAAUGAAACUGCAUAUCCUGAGUUUAUGAGAGUUUACAAAGACAGCCGAUAUAACGCAGGAGUGAUUUUUAGCCUGAUCUCAGUUUUCAACUGAAAAAGCGUCAUCUCGUUUUAUGAAAACUCACCUGGAAGCUUUGCUGCAUACAAAGCAUUUGAAGGUUUGAUUAAUAACUCAGAUAUCAGCAUAGUCAAUAAUGCCAAUCAACGAAUGAUAAAUACUAAUUAUAAGCAUACAGAUGUGACGAAAUAUAAAAACUGAAUGGAAGAUGCUUUGAGUACGAAGGUAAGAAUUUAUAUCCUAUUUAUCCUUCCGCCUGGUAUAUUCUAUUUCAUCGAAGAUUUUUAUGAUCUUGGAAUGAGAAGAGAGGACGCAGUUUUUAUGUUUUAUAAUAGGGUCGCUUAUGUUUUACUCUCUGAGUCUGAUCCUACACAAGUUUUGAAAUUGAAUGAAUUAAUGUAUGGGUCAGUUUUAAUAGACCAAUUAGACUGAAUUGGAGAGUAUGGUAAGAAAAUAAAAGAUGGCUACGAAAAAAUAUAUGGCUCCACUGCUGAAAGCGUUGUGUUUCGGUGCUUUUCUUUUGAUUCUGCAAUGCUUCUUGCGAAUGGAAUUAAGUUCACAUUAUAUCAAGGAGAAAACCCAGAAGACAACAAAAUACUAAAUACGAAUUUAAGGAAGCAAAGGUUCACGGGUUGCUCAGGCACUGUUUCAAUUGAGCCGGGAUCUAAUGACAGGAGCAUAGCAAUCAUGGGAAUAUAUAAUAUUAGAUAUAAUCAAACUAUAUCAUCUUUAUACGAGCAUUUAGUAGGAAAAUAUGAUAGAGGAAGUAUCCAACUUAUUAAUUUUUUUGAAAACAUCAGUUGAUACAAUAAUGCCACUUCUAUUCCGUCUAAUAUUGUUACAGAUGGCGAAUGUCCUUUUGAUAAAAAAUUAAUUAAAUACUCCACAAAAGGUGCAGGGAUCCUUUAUGGGAUAAGUUUCGGUAUCAUAAUUGUAACGGCUUUUAUUACUUUUUUAAUAUCGAAGAUAUGGUGAAAUAUUGAUAUUGUCCAAUUAACAGCCCCAGUGCUGGCAAAGCUUGAAGACUACUUUGCUAUGCUCAUGAUAUUCUUAUAUUUCUUGCAGUAUUUGGCAAUAGGCCCUGAUAUUGGCGAAUAUGAUAAACUGUCUAGCUGGUUAUCGAGCUACGCUAUUAUUAAUUUAGGAUGAAUAACUGAAGGGAAAAAGUUUUGGUAUUAUGUAGAAGCAGUCCUAUUAGCAUUAAUUUUUUGGGUUUAUUUCAGCUUCAUCAUUAUAUUUAAGUUCGAAGGAAAAUUCAAUAAUUUCUUUUUUCAAUAUUCUCGAAGUUUUGCAAAAUUAAUUAUGCCUAUACUUGGCAAUGCUGGCUUUCUUCCAAUUGUAUCUGUUUUGUUAAAUGUAAUUCAAUGUGAUCAAGCUAUUGGCAAUGAUCUUUCCCAAAGCUUUGUAAGAAAAGACUGCUCUGUAUUUUGCUGGCAAGGAACUCAUUUACGUAAUGCAAUCUCCUCAAUUAUAGCGCUGAUUCUCUACUUGCCUCUAGCAAUUUACUUCAGACCUUACUGGGAUAAUUCAAACAAUGAUAUCAAUAUUAAGACAAGACCAUUAUUCCUUAUUGCUAAGAGUUUGCUUCAGAUUUUUAUUAUCGUUUUAAAUAAAACAUUAAAAAAACAAUAUCAGUCAUUGUAUGGGCUGAUUUACAUAAUAGCAUUUUUGGGAUUUAUUUAUCUCUGCUUGAAGAAAAAGCCUUAUAAUUAUGAUAGGUGUAAUCUUUGAACGACUGUUUCUUACUGUGCAAUUAUUUGAAGCGCGGCCUUAUCUUCGCUAUAUUGGGUUCUUUAUUAUAGAUCAGUAUCAACUUGGGUCAUUCUCCAAUAUAUUGGAUGGGGAAUAAUGAUAACGAUAGGAGCUUUCCUUCAAUAUAAGCGCUACCCAAGCUUACUUUUCACAGAAAAAGCGACUGAUAUUAGCAUAUUGUUCAAGUUUUCCUUAGGUCACAUAGUUAAAGCUGAAGAAAUUAAUAGAUGGAAUAAAGAAAGAUCUGACAAAAAAUAUCUUGCUUAUGAUAGUAGGGAAAACAUUUUAAAUAGUCAUGGCUAUGCUAUUGAUCUUUCUAGAAGCCAAAGUGAAGAUUUUGAGCAAAAGAAAGGUUCAAGUGAGAAUAGAUUGAUUGAUCAGAGAUAA